UCAUUUUCAUGGUUUCUUCCUUUCUGUUGAAAUUGUCCACAUGUUUGUGGAUUUCAAUGGCUUCUCUGUGUAGCCUGACAUGGUGGUUGUGAGAGUGGUCCAGCAUUUUUGUGUUCUCAAAUAAAAUUGUGUUCUCAAAUAAAAGAUUAUAAGAUCAAUUCAGGGGUUGUUGUGGUUUCUAACCUUGAGUAUGUUUUAAUGGCUGUUAACUGGGAGUUUUAAAAUACCAUUUAUAUUUCAUUCUGUUUUAAUGUUUGCAUAUUUUUAUAUUUUAAGUUGUGUGCUGAUGUUUUAUGUUCUGCUGCUUUGAGUAUCCGUGGGGGAAGAUAAAGCAGGCUAUAAAUAAAAUCAUCAUCAUCAUCUUUUGUUUCUUUCUUAACCAGGUAAAUGGGGAUUCUGUGGAGCCACCUCUUGGAUGCAGUAAAGAAUCCAAUAAUAUAGGAAGAAGAAAUCCUCUCAAGGUGAUGAUCUUGCAGAAUUCUUCACCCCACAGAUAAGAAAGAAAGAAGGAGUCAAGUAUCUGCAUUGCAAUAAAAUACCCUGUUGAUAUGGCGGAGAAACCCUAUACAUGCUUAGCCUGUGGACAGAGCUUCACCCACAGUUCAAGUCUACGUUCACAUCAAAGGACUCACACUGGGGAGAAACCCUAUAAAUGCCUGGAGUGUGGACAGAGCUUCGCUCAGAGUGGAAAUCUACGUACACAUCAAAGGACUCACACUGGGGAGAAGCCCUUCAAAUGCCUGGAGUGUGGAAAGAGUUUUGCUUGGAGCAAAAACCUACGUUCACAUCAAAACACUCACACUGGGGAGAAACCCUAUAAAUGCCUGGAGUGUGGACAGAGCUUCACUGAGAAUCGAGGACUACAUAGACAUCAAAGGACUCACACGGCAGAGAAACCGUAUACAUGCCUGGAGUGUGGACAGAGCUUCACUGUGAAUGGAAGUCUACGUAGACAUCAAAGGACUCACACUGGGGAGAAACCCUAUACAUGCCUGGAGUGUGGGCAGAGCUUCUCUGAGAAUGGAAGCCUACGUAGACAUCAAAGGACUCACACAGGGGAGAAACCCUAUACAUGCCUAGAGUGUGGAGAGAGCUUCAGUCAAAGUUCAGGUCUACGUUCACAUCAUAGGACUCACACUGGGGAGAAACCCUAUACAUGCCUGGAGUGUGGACAGAGCUUCACUGAGAAUCAAGGACUACGCAGACAUCAAAGGACUCACACUGGAGAGCAACCCUAUAAAUGCCUGGAGUGCGGAAAGAGCUUCACUGAGACUGGAAAUCUACGUAAACAUCAAAUAACUCACACUGGGGAGAAACCCUACACAUGCCUAGACUGUGGACAGAACUUCACCUGCAUUUCAGGUUUACGUUCACAUCAAAGGACUCACACUGGGGAAAAACCCUAUAAAUGCUUGGAGUGUGGACAGAGCUUCUCUGAGUCUGGAAGUCUACGUAGACAUCAAAGGACUCACACUGGGGAGAAACCCUAUACAUGCCUAGAGUGUGGACAGAUCUUCACCCACAAUUCAGAUCUACGUUCACAUCAAAGGACUCACAUUGGGGAGAAAUCCUAUACAUGCCUAGAAUGUGGAAAGAGCUUCACCCGCAUUUCAGGUCUAUGUUCACAUCAACAGACUCACACUGGGGAGAAGUCCUAUACAUGCCUGGAGUGUGGGCAGAGCUUCUCUGAGAAUGGAAACCUACGUAGACAUCAAAGGACUCACACUGGGGAGAAACCCUAUACAUGCCUAGAGUGUGGAGAGAGCUUCACUCAAAGUUCAGGUCUACGUUCACAUCAAAGGAUUCACACUGGGGAGAAACCCUAUUCAUGCCUAGAUUGUGGAAAGAGCUUCACUGAGAGUGGAAGUCUACGUAAACAUCAAAGGAUUCACACUGGGGAGAAACCCUAUAAAUGUCCGGAGUGUGGAAAGAGUUUUGGUAGGAGUGAAAACUUGCGUUCACAUGAAAGGACUCACACUGGGGAGAAACCCUAUAAAUGCCUAGAGUGUGGCAAGAGUUUCACUCAGAGUGGAGGUCUACGUUCACAUCAAAGGAUUCACACUGGGGAGAAAGAGCUUUACUGAGCGUGGAAGUCUUCAUAGACAUCAAAGGACUCACACUGGGGAGAAACCCUAUAAAUGCCUGGAAUGUGGAAAGAGUUUUGUUUGGAGUGAAACUCUAUUUUCACAUCGAAAAAACUCACACUAGAGAGAAACACAAUACAUGCCUGGAGUGGGGACAGAGCUUCACUCAAAGUUCACAUCAAAGGAAACGCCAGUAUAAUAUUAAGGCCUGCAAUGACUAACUACUGGGGAGAAUGUCAUGAAUGACUUUUCAAUAACUUUGAAGCAUAGGUUCUUUUUAUUGCAAUUUCCAGUUUGGGGGGGUAUAUCAGAUUACAGAAAAACAUUUAGACAAAAGUAUGACAUUGGACAUACAGACAUGCAAAUUCUAUGCAACUACACUGGACUUAUAAUUACAUUGGUUAACAAACGAACAAAGGAGAAUUACAUUUCCACUCAACAUUCACACCACAUGCACACGUAUUCAUCCUCAGGCAUUCAAAUGUUACCAUAUCAUUUUCUCCCUCCUUGGAGAAGCCCUUGUUAGGUCAGACCCCGCUUUCCUGCAGCCUGCCAACGUAUAGUCCCAAAACUUCCAUAGGGGGAGAGCCUUCUCCGUGGCCCCCCAACUCUGAAACUCAUUGCCUGGAGAGAUGAGGAAAGCCCCUACUUUAGGAACCUUCAAGAAGGAUCUCAACACCUGGCUUUUCCGAUGCGCUUUUGGGGAGUAUCCACACAACCUGAUGCUAUUGCUCCCCUCAAGGCUUUUGUCCUUGGAGCCCC